AUGGCCGAAGAAUCAAGUGGACGAAACGACAGUUCUACAUGUACUAGCUCCAGCGCGGCUUCAGCCUCACGGAAAUCGGCGGGUGAAAAUGGCGAAGAUCUGUCAAAGGUGAGUGUGAAAGGGGAAACGACAGGGGCAGAGACGGGCAGUUCGGAAUGUAAAGAGGUGAACAAGAGCCCGGAUAGGCAAGGAGACGACGAUGACGAAGAGGACUUGCUAUUCCCGGGAUUUGUACCAAAGUCUUUCAUCUUCCUCAAACAGACCAACAUUGUGCGGUUUUGGUGUCUAAAACUGAUCACAUGGCCUUGGUUUGAACGGAUCAGCAUGCUGGUGAUACUGUUAAACUGUAUCACACUGGGGAUGUACCAGCCGUGUAGCGACGCAGUGUGUACGUCCACUAGAUGCACGGUGCUAGAAGGAUUCGACCAUUUCAUAUUCGCAUUCUUUGCACUUGAGAUGGUAGUGAAGAUGAUCGCAAUGGGCGUUGGGGGAAAACUAACCUACCUUGGGGAUUCCUGGAACAGAUUGGACUGUUUUAUUGUUGUGGCUGGCAUUGCAGAGUAUGUUGUAAACAAAGCUGUGGAGUAUGUGAUAGAUACUGAAAACCUCAGUAUCUCUGCAAUCCGGACGAUUAGAGUUCUAAGACCCCUAAGAGCAAUUAAUCGAAUUCCCAGUAUGCGUAUCUUAGUCACGUUGUUGUUGGAUACCCUGCCGAUGUUGGGCAAUGUUCUUCUCUUGUGUUUCUUCGUCUUCUUCAUAUUUGGAAUCAUCGGUGUGCAGCUAUGGGCAGGCGUUCUGCGUAAUAGAUGUUUUUUGAAUAUCAGUGAAAAUAUUAAUAUUUCAGCGUUUAAUCUAUCAGAUUUCUACAAACCUAGAAAGGGAGAUUAUAUAUGCAGCAUGCCGGAAGAGACCGGUAUGAAGUACUGCACAGAUCUGCCCCUCUAUGAUUACGAGGGCAUUCAAUGCAAUGGAACUGCACGAGAAUUCAGCAAUAAUUCUCCCAGCAAUGACUCCUGUGUUAACUGGAAUCAGUAUUACACGGACUGUAGGGCUGGGGACAAAAACCCAUUCAAAGGAGCUAUUUCAUUUGAUAAUAUAGGACUGGCUUGGGUGGCCAUUUUCCAGGUUAUUAGUUUAGAGAGCUGGGUGAAUAUCAUGUAUUAUGUUCAAGAUGCACAUUCAUUCUGGGACUGGAUAUAUUUUGUCGCACUAAUUGUGAUUGGAUCAUUCUUCAUGAUAAACCUCUGCCUUGUUGUGAUAGCUACUCAGUUCUCUGAGACAAAAAAGCGGGAGACGGAGAGAAUGAUGCAGGAGCGCAAACGCUUUCAGUCGACGAGCACUCUUGCUAGCAACUCCGAACCAGGAGGAUGUUACACAGAGAUUUUAAAAUAUGUUGCUCACUUGUGCCGAAGAGCGAAACGAAAACUUACCAAAGCUUAUUACCAGGCUCGCGGAAAAAGACAGCGAAAAGUGAACCCGGAAAGGGCAAUAUCCUUACGGAAGAAAAAAGUUAAAAAGAAAGGUAUAACUCAAAUGGUUCACCUGCAUCGUCAUCAUAUACCCCAUCAUCAUUACUACCACCAUCUAACGACAGCUGACAAUCAUAAUAUACCCACUAGACAGUGUAGUCCCAAGGCCCCUCGGGCCAGCCCCGAGGCCUCGGACAUUGACCCCAUCUCGUCCCCCAGGAGGCCUAAUUUCCUAACAAUACCAAGUCACAACCUCAGCGCAAACCCUUCAUCUGAAUCUCUAAACUCUGUGAGCAACAUCGCAGAGGCCUUGACGCCGGCCAUCUUUAAGUCGCGCCAGUUCCCCAACCAUUUGCCGGCCGUUCCUGUCAGUAGGACAUCCUCCUUCAAUAGUGGCUAUAGUGGUAAAAACAUGCCUUCAUUGCCAGAAGUGCUUGCGGUACAUGGUGCUAAGAGUGCUGCCUUGGCUGCUUCUAAUUUACUCCUGAGUGCAGAUUAUGACAUGAAUAAGCUGCAGCCUAAUAACACAAAAGGUGAGAAGCGCCUGUCAGCCCCUCACAUUUCCGGCGUUCUCAGCGAACACGAGAACUCGUACCACUGCUCAGAGUGUGAGUGGACGGACAGCAACCAGAGCGACAGUGACAGCGAUAGGAGAUGGAAGGAUUCCACUGAAGACAUGCCAAAACCACAGCCAGACUGCUUUAGCAAAGUCCAACACUGUGUCAAGAUUUGUGUAGAGAGCAAUGUAUUCUCAACUGGUAUACUGAUUGCUAUUCUCUUCAAUACACUCAGUAUGGGGAUAGAGUACCACGAUCAGCCUGAAGAGCUGACCUUGGCCUUGGAGUACAGUAACAUUGUUUUCUGUGUGCUCUUUGGCACAGAGAUGCUGCUCAAGGUGAUUGCAUAUGGAAUCUUUGGCUACAUUAGUGAUGGCUUCAACGUCUUUGAUGGUGUCAUUGUCAUCCUCAGCAUUGUUGAGCUCGCCCAGGGAGGGGCCAGUGGACUCUCAGUCCUGCGCACAUUCCGACUUCUACGAAUUCUUAAGUUAGUGAGGUUUUUACCUGCUCUUAGACGACAGCUGGUGGUGAUGCUCAGAACGAUGGACAAUGUGGCCACAUUCUUUGCCCUACUAGUUCUCUUCAUGUUCAUAUUUAGUAUUCUGGGCAUGAGUUUGUUUGGUGGCAAAUUAUGUACGCAAGAGGACGGGACAGUAUGUACCUGCUCGGAUCAACGCAACACCUCCAUCUACUGUCAGUGUGAAAGAGCCAAUUUUGAUUCGCUCAUCUGGUCUUUAGUGACAGUUUUCCAGGUGCUAACUCAGGAAGACUGGAACACAGUACUGUACAACGGCAUGGAGAAAACAUCGUCCUGGGCUUCUCUUUAUUUCAUUGCUCUCAUGACAUUUGGAAACUAUGUCCUUUUCAACCUCCUCGUGGCUAUCUUAGUGGAAGGCUUCUCCACUGAGGAUGAGGACAAAAAGCGUGAAAAAGAAAAGGAGCGCGAGAAAGAGAAAAAAGAGAGCCUGACCAAGGAGAACAACAACAACGAACAUUUCAAAGGUGAGAAGGACAAGUUAAAGGAUGAUGGAGAGCUGGAUGAAAAGAACAACAAGGAAAAAGAGAGAAAAAUGCUAGCCUUACCACCUCCUGUCAGUGUGACCAAAGAAGAGAAUGCCCCCGUGAAUGAUGGACCACUCAACCCACCAAUCAUCACUCAUACAGCAGCCACGCCAAUGGCAACACCACAAGGAUCACCCAAUGAAAUUGCCAUGAAAGAUGUCAAUAACAAGCUCAGUGUCAUCAAAGCCAGUCCUCAGAGCACAUUGUCCGUGGAGUCUGACAGAUCUUCAACGAGCCUCAGUGUGCGUAGUUCACCGCGCCUCUCCCCAAAGCUACGGCGUCAUGGAAGUCGCGGCAGUCAAAGGAGCUGGAAGAUGAAGAAUCGUAGGAGGGAAGGGGACAAGAGUAGCCUGAUGGUGGACACAGGGUGGGACAGUGGAGAUGACGCAGACGAUGAGGUCAACUCUGGCCAUUGCCCUACCCCCAGGCCGGCCUCCUCCACCUACACCCCAGGCACUCCACACAGCCCAACCCCUAAUAACCACAGCUUUUCUGUCACAUAUGUCUUCAGUGACUGCAACGGUCAUCCCCCGUUGAAUAACCAAAGAACACUGAGCCCUCAGAAUUCCAUUAAAAGUCGGCGAACUUUAACGCCGAAAAAUUCCAUAAAAAGCAAUCACAGCUGGAGCCGGAACAACUCGGUGAGCAGUAACCGCAGUGUAUGUAACACAUUUGGCCUGAGUCGCCAGAACUCGAUACACAGCCACCGCACCCUGACUUCGGCCGGUAGUGGCACCCCCAAAGAAGACUACAAGCCAAAUAACCUGAACGACGUUCCCGAGGUUAAGGUGACAGGUGACAAGGACGCCUUAGAAGAGGAUGAUCCUGACGCUAUAGAUGAAGCUAAUUGUGCAUUCUCAUGGUGUCCAGAGCCAAAAGGUUGUUUCAAAGAAAGAGAAGAAUAUGCUUUAUAUUUGCUCUCUCCUCAAAACAAGUUUCGCAAAAUUUGUCAUCACUUGAUCUCCAGAAAGUGGUUUGACUAUGGCAUCUUGUUCUUCAUCGCAUUAAACUGCAUCACUCUAGCCAUGGAGAGACCUGACAUUCCACCGACCAGUGCUGAGAGGCAGUUUCUGACCUUUUCUAAUUAUGGAUUCACUGUGAUAUUUACUAUAGAGAUGUCAUUAAAGGUGCUUGCUAAAGGGUUUAUGGUGGGGAAGCAUGCGUACUUAAAAAGCGGCUGGAACAUGAUGGAUGGCUUCCUUGUCAUUAUCUCAUUGGUUGAUAUCAUCAUAUCAUUAUCAGCUAGCAGUAGUCCACGAAUAUUCGGCAUUCUCCGUGUAUUCCGACUUUUAAGGACGCUAAGACCUUUGAGGGUGAUAAGCCGAGCCCCAGGUCUAAAGCUUGUUGUACAGACAUUACUUUCAUCACUUCGGCCUAUAGGAAACAUUGUUCUCAUCUGUUGUACAUUCUUCCUCAUUUUUGGUAUAUUAGGUGUUCAGCUCUUCAAGGGCACAUUUUAUUACUGCAAAGGUCCAGAUGUUAGAGACAUUAGAAAUAAGACCCAGUGUGAGGAUUACAAGGUUAAUAGAUGGGUCAAUCAGAAGUACAACUUCGACAACAUUGGCCAGGCUCUGAUGGCCUUGUUUGUGUUGGCGUCUAAAGACGGCUGGGUGAGCAUCAUGUACACAGGACUGGAUGCCGUGGGUGUGGACCAACAGCCUGUAGAGAACUACAAUGAGUGGCGUCUCAUCUAUUUUAUAUCCUUCCUUCUCUUGGUGGGAUUCUUCGUACUCAACAUGUUUGUGGGCGUCGUAGUAGAAAACUUCCACAAGUGUCGUGAAAACCAGGAAAAAGAGGAACGUGCCCGGCGAGCAGCAAAAAGAGCGAGAAAGCUGGAAAAGAAACGAAAGAGGUUACGAGAGCCGCCAUAUUGGGCCACCUACUCCCGGGGUCGUCUCAUCAUACACACUGUCAUCAAUAGUAAAUACUUUGACUUGGCCAUCGCUGGGGUCAUAGGUCUCAACGUGAUCACCAUGGCCAUGGAGUUCUAUAUGAUGCCCAGUCAACUGCAAUUUGCUCUAAAGAUAUUCAACUAUUUCUUCACUUCGGUGUUUAUUUUGGAAGCUGUUAUGAAAAUCAUUGCUCUGGGAAUAGUGCGAUACUUCAAAGACAGAUGGAAUCAGCUUGACAUGAUCAUUGUGAUUUUGUCUGUGAUUGGUAUAAUCCUGGAGGAGAUGAAGACCAAUGUUAUCCCCAUCAACCCCACCAUAAUCCGAGUGAUGAGGGUACUGAGGAUAGCUAGAGUGCUGAAGCUCCUGAAGAUGGCUAAGGGUAUACGUGCCUUGUUAGAUACUGUGAUUCAGGCCCUUCCCCAAGUGGGCAACCUGGGGCUCCUCUUCUUCUUACUCUUCUUCAUCUUUGCUGCACUCGGAGUGGAACUCUUCGGUCGGCUAGAAUGUUCUUUGGAACAUCCCUGUGAGGGGUUGGGGACACAUGCUCACUUCAGGAACUUUGGGACAUUUUUAACCUUAUUCCGUGUGGCUACAGGUGAUAAUUGGAAUGGCAUUAUGAAGGUAAGACUGAGAGAAGAUUGUGAUCCCUCUGACGCGUGUUUACGGAACUGUUGCGUUAGCCAUUUCAUCGCACCUGUCUACUUUGUUGUCUUUGUGCUCAUGGCCCAGUUUGUUUCUGUCAAUGUGGUUGUGGCAGUGCUCAUGAAACACCUAGAGGAAACUUACAAGUAUAAGGAACUGGAGGAUGAGGUAGAGGAAGAAAUUCGCCAAGAAAUGCAGGUGUUAAAGCGGCGGCGUAUGGAGGAAUCAAAUAAACAGAUGAAGGAAGACCAGGCCAGUCUGGAGGCUGAUCAGUCAGAUGACGAGAUUCUUAAUAAUGAUGAUUUGGAUGGAGAACGAAAUGGAGAGUUGAGCAUCCACGUGGGAGAUAACGAUGAUGGAUUGCUGAAGACACCAGCCUGCAAACAGAUCUCAUUGCCCCCCAAUUUCACAUUUAACAUCCGCCCACCUAGUACAGAGCCCACCAGUAACCAGGAUGAUGAGAGUAAUCGUAUCACCCCUGCCAACGUGGAUGUACUGUUGGAGUCCCACACCUCAGGCUUGGGCCCAGAGCGAAGCACCUCUCUUCAGUCUAGAAGGGAAGAACCAGAUGAGAAGGCAGCUCAGUACCUGCAAAACCCACGCGUUCGACUAGCCAGUGACGCGGCUGCUCACAAAAACCGGCUCAAAACCGGAGUGUACCGUGCAGUAUCGACGCUGCUGAGGCUAGCGGAGGCACAGGGGUGUUGUACAAAUCGCAGCCAAUCGCUAAAGCCCAGGUACUCUGAGUGGUUUAAUGUUCCAGCGGGUGCUGUGCCCGAUGAGCUCCCUGGAGUGGUGUGUCAGGCUGCAGGGGUAGAGCGGCAUGUGCCCCCGGGAUACACGGAUGCCUGUUACUUCUACCCUGCCUCUCAGUUCUCUGCGCUUGACCACCAGGACAGUGCUGACCUGGGGUCAGACUACGAUGCCGAGGAUUGGCUAGACGAGGCAGAGUGUGACGAGGAAGUGAAGAAAAUCACUGGGGAGGAGGAGGAGGAGGAAGAUGUGGCACCGACACUGUCUGACUAUGCACCGGAAGAGGAGCGACAUCCCUCCCCCUCCUCCAUCGCUCCUCCCAGGGCUCGCUCACCCAGCCACCUGCUCACCCUGCCCACCCAGAGGACACCCGUGUCGCAGGUCAGAGCCCUCCGACGAGGGCCAUCCCUCAGACAAUGGCCAGCCCUCUAUAGCAAGGUGUCACAUAGUCAACGAAUCUUCAGAUCCCCGGCAGUCAGGGUCAGUUCACCUCAACACUGA